CGCAUUAUCCUGAAAUUAAAGAACGUGUAUCUAGAGAGAUAAAUUCAGUCUUUGAUACUGAUCUCAAUCGACCUAUUAAUUACGAAGAUUUGAGUAAAUUAAAUUACUGUGAAGCUGUUAUCAAAGAAGUAUCUCGUUUAAUGUCAAUUGUGCCAGUAAUUUGGAGAAUGGCAAUUCGAGAUGAUGAAAUAUCAGAUCACAAAUUCAAAGGCUCGACACAAUUCAUGAUCAAUACUCCAGCAAUUCAUAUGCAUGAAGCAGAUUGGAAAGAUCCGGAAUCAUUUAAUCCUUCGAGAUUCAUGAAUGAUAGUAAUAAUUCUGAUACACAGAUUCAUAAAAAUUCGUUAUUAAUAUUUGGAAAAGGGUUACGCAUGUGUCCGGGCAAACAAUUUGCUAUGGUAGAACUUAAAACUUUAAUGGUUUUAUUAUAUAGAAAGUACGAUGUUGAACUGGUUGAUAUGAAUGCACCAAUCAAAUAUCAUUAUUCUACUGUUAAGCAUUGUGAUGAUCUUUAUGUCAGAAUCAACCCAAGAAUUUGA